AUGGGCUAUAGGCCGUCGACCAUUUCUCUGGCGAGGGAGCUCAUCGGGAGCGGCGUCUGGGGCAAAUCGCCGCAGUACAGGAACAUCGAGUCCCGCUUCAAGAAGAUUGUACAGGAAGGAAAAGACAGAGACGCUCUCACUGCUGAAGGCGAGAGGCUCUAUAACCUGGGCAUGUACGAUGCCGCUGUAAAAGUGCUACAGCGCGCGCUCGGUCCCGAAGGCACCGAGUUUGAGUGGAAGUAUCACUGUCAGCUGUGCCUCGGGAGAUCAUACCUAAAGCUCGGAAGGACUACCGAGGCGAAGGAGGUGCUCGAGGGAGUUGAGGGAGCUGGCUCUGGAGAGGCGGCCGUCGAGCUUGCUGAAAUGCUUCGAACGAGCGGUCCUGACAAGAUGGAGCAGUACCUUUACACAGCUGGCAUAAACGGACGCUUGGAAAUGUUUCGACAGCUUUCGGAGAUUGAGUUUGAGAAGGAGGCGAGGGAGACGGAUAAGGAGGCCAAGAAGACACACAAUCUUUGGGCGAUGGAGUGGUCUCGUCUGGCGGAUGAGAGGGAAAAGAUCUGA